AUGUCGAACAAUAGCUUCACCCUCUCUGCCGGCCCCGGCACUGAUGUCUGGAAGAAGCCCCCCACGACCAACAUCUACAACGGUUUGUACAUACUCAUGCCAUCUCAAGAAGUCCAUCUGACCAUUGCAGCCCCCGUCCAUGCUCUCCCAGCCAAGAACCUGAGCGAGUUCAAGUCCGCCAAAAUCACCUUCUCGGCAGACUGGUCAGAGCAAUACGACCAAGCCGGUCUCAUCUUCACCUUUGACUCCGUCUCCGGCACUCGCGAACGGAGAUGGAUCAAGACCGGCCUGGAGUACUACAACGGCACCCCCCAGCUCAGCACAGUCUCGUGCGACCGCUGGGCCGACUGGAGCAUCACCCCUUUGGCCGCUUUUGAGGAUUCCAAGAGCAUCACCGUGACAAUCGAAAAGGGCCGCGAUGGUCUCGGGCUCGGUUUCUGGGUCUACUACAUCAAACAGGAUGGCACCAAGGAGCCGCUGCGCGAGAUCUGCUGGGUCUACGGCGACGACGACUCAUCAGGCAAGGACUGGAACCUUACUAUUGCCGCCCUGGUGGCCCGGCCCGCCAAGGAUGCCAAGGACGAUCUUGUCGUUCAGUUCAAGGACUUUGACGUGCAAUGGUCCACCUAA